UUUACACGUGACCAGACAACUUUGUACAUUUGACAGGGAGUAGGAGGGUUUUGUGGAGAUCAGAAAAACGACAGCGCGAUAAAAAUUAGUAUUGUUGCACUUCACAAAUUAAUGACCAUGAGUUCCUACUUGAUAAACUCGAACUAUAUCGAACCAUCGUUUCCACCAUGCGAGGAAUAUCAACAGAGCGGAUACAUCCCUACCCCUACUGAGUACUAUGAGCGACCCAAAGAUACGGGCUUUCCCCAUCACGAUGAGGCAUCGUAUCCGAGGUCAAACUACACGGAACCGACAUACGACUACGGCAAUGUUGCCACCAACGGGCUCGACGAUUUCACAGACGGGCAUCAUACUCAGCCCCAGCCCGUUCCACAGAACCAUGGUCCUCGCCUCAACCCGGUUCAAGACAGUGGCGCAGGGGCGAACGCAAGCAAAGACUGCAGCCUCGCCAGUGAGGCAUAUCCCGGAGCACCGAAAGGCAAGGAGCCGGUAGUGUACCCGUGGAUGAAGAAGGUCCACGUUAACACUGUCAAUGCCAGUUACAAUGGAGGAGUGCCCAAGAGGUCCCGCACUGCCUACACCCGCCAGCAGGCACUCGAGCUCGAAAAAGAAUUCCACUUUAACCGCUAUCUGACCCGACGCAGGCGUGUGGAGAUAGCCCACACGAUGUGCCUCUCCGAGCGUCAGGUGAAGAUUUGGUUUCAAAACCGAAGGAUGAAGUGGAAGAAGGAUCACAAGCUACCUAACACCAAGAUCCGCUCCGCGAACUCAUCCUCGGGUGCCCAGCAGCAGCAGAUCAAAACAGGCCAGCAGCUUGUUCCCACGCCGUGCGCCGCCAGCCUAUAAUGAUUGAACCUUGCGCAAAGCACGCCGAACCAACACAGACUGAGAAUGGCAAAUAACAGAGUGGAAUUUUGUGGACCGAUUCUCGAGUAUGUCACACAUGGUAUUACCCCUUUCCCCCCGUCUGUUGGGCCUGCCACAACCCCUCACGCUCUUUCUCCUCUUUUUUUCCUUUUCACGUUUUUUUCUGAGUUCAACAUUCACCUCUUGCUGCCAAGACGGCAUGCAACUGAAAAGUGUGUACUUGUCUAUAAUUACAAGAGGAUAAAAACGCACAUUUAAACUUAGGACUGGGAGCAUAUGUGUCAUUGCACAGAGUUAAAGGAAUGGAAAUGAGACCAGAUUAGGUGGUAACUCAAUUUCUUUUUCCUCUAUGGAAUUUUUUUGUGUAUUCUCAAUAAAAUUUCUAAUAUACUUGAAAGAUGAUAUUUAGGAACACUAUAGAUACCCUCACAGAUCAGCAAACUGUCUUGCAGAGGGCACAUUCAGUGUUAGAGCGUAGUUCGUAAGUGAGUCGACCGGUUUAUUGUUGAAUAUGUUUUAAGUCGUGUUGUCCAGGUGACUUUCACCCCUAAUGUAUAUAGACAAAUCAUAGUGAAGGCACAAUGAAGAAACCAUUUUGUCCGUUAGACUCGUGUUUGUACGUGUAUAGGCUAGUUUUUGUGGUAAUGUGUCUUAUUUUGUGGUGUCAUCCAAACUGUGAAUAUUUGUAUGUGUUGUCAAUUAAUGGACGUUGUAAAGUAGAUUGCCCAUGAUGUUCUUGUGAAAUAAAUAUGUACUUCAACUA